AUGCCGGUCACGCGACCCACGACGUCGUCGACGCCACCAUGGACUUCAGUUUGAGCUACCCGCCAGUCGCGGGUCGACGCGUUGCUUACGCCCAACUGUGAUAUUCCACCCCCUGCUCACGUCCCACAUACGCUUGUUUGUAUCAAACUUUUUGACCCACUUGAUACGUAAGGUCCACUUUUUGACACGUUUUCUAGUGCAAAUCUUUCGAAUCAAUCCUAGCGUAAUGUGAUGCUUGUGAAAAGUAACAAUUGCAUUGUGAUGAUUGUUUGUAUCGUUGACUACAGUCAGUGUAAACAGAAAUUAUCAUAACCUAACGUAAUUAAAACCAUUACUUGGAAUAUUUAACAAGAAGAAGUAAUAUAAACCGGUGGUGGUCGAUUCCAUGUCGACGAACUUGAAGAAAUCGAAUGUCGCAGCUAAAACAAAAACUAGUAAACCGCUUGUUCGAAGAAAAGAUGAUGACAAAGAAGAGAAGAAAAAAACGGUAACAUCAAAAACUUCAUCGAAGUCGCCAAGUAAUGGUGUGCUCAAGGCGACAGCGUCAACCUCGAGUGGAAAUACCAAUGCAACGGUCAAGAAACGCAUGUCUAAUAGUCCAACAAGUAGCAGGGUAUCUAAAUCACAAUAUUAUCCCGAUAAAUCACUUUACACCAAAGCCUUAAACACAGCGUCUCCUAAAAUUAAACAAUCAUUGACCAGUUCUACGAAAACAGCUGUAUCCAAAGGAAUAACAUCCAAACCUAAAAACAAAAUAACAAGGGAAUCUUCUUCUGACAGAUCUAAUAGUGUCAAGUCUAAAGUAAUGCCUGUGCCGGUUACACAGAAACCCAAGCCUUUGUCUGUGAUAAAGAAGGAAAUGCGUGAAAAGCUUAAAAAACCUCCGGAAAAAUCAAGUGAUGUAAAAUCCCCUGAUACCAGUAGCAGUAGUCAAGUAGAAAGACCAAAAACGGCAACUUUGAAAAGGCCUAGUAUUGUUAGUUCCAACAUAGCAGGUCCCGAAGCUAAUAAAUUGAAGAAGAUAGCAAAGAACAAAACUGAAACGGCAAGUAUAGCGGAAUCUAUUAGCACGCAGAUGGAAACAGACACCGAAGUGGUAACAGAGACUAUUGAAGAGCCAGAUGAUACUGAAAACUACGAAGAUGAUUUUGAUUCGUACGCUUCGGAUUUUGAAGAAUACAAUUCAUCAUCACAAGCGUCUGUUGUGUCAAAUGCUUCGGAUGUUUCCAGUUCUGAUCCGUUGGAUGUGUCUACGCAAGGAGAAGAAACUUCAUCUGAUGAAGAUGAGAUUGAACCUACUAAAGAAGAAACUCCAUCACCACCCAGACGAGUCAAUUCGGCUGAAGAAGAACGUAAAUUGGAUUCUGGUAAUUUUGACAUGCCUAAUGAUUCCAACGAACCUAAACGGAAGCAAGUCCUGGAUCGCAUUAAAGAACACGAACCAGUGUUAUCUUCAUUAUCUGAUGAAGGUUUUGAAGAACAGAAAUCAUCCCUGCAGUUUGUUAAUUUUGCCGAGGCUAAACAACGUCAGAUUAUAAAAGCACGUCAGAAAAUGAACAAACGCGGUGAAGAACUUAUGAGUAUGAUACGUUUAGACCAACAAAAUUUCACACUCUUUGAUCUCCCCGCGCAGAGUUACGAUGUGUUUAUAAAAAGUUUCGGUAACAGGAAUAGUACCCAAGUUGCUUCACAGACUGGUGAUGACAGAAUAGACGAAGAAAUCCAAACUGAUGUGAUAAAUUGUGUGAAUAAAUGGACACAGUUUCCUAUCGAUAAAAUUACCAAAUCAAAAAAUCCUCUACAGUUCAAAGAAGAAUUGUUGGGAGUGGGUAGUGAUACACUAGAAGUAAAUCUAUUAAAAGAACCUCAUAUUCUUGAAUAUAAUGAAUAUAAUCUACAAAGAUUUCUUCAAUCGCAAGAGAAAUUGAUUACGGAACUGUUGAAAGAAAAUCAAUACGGAAAUAAGGCUGAGAUGACUUCGGGGAAGUUCCCGUUCAGUCAAGGGUACUUAAUAUUGCCGACAGAAGAGAUAGGACCAACGAAAUCAGUGACUUUCUCAAAUUCUAAUAAAAAUCCAAAGAUUAUUACGGUGCAUGAGCAAAAAGACAUGAGAAGUCAAGGUUUUGUAUGGUCUUUAUUAAAACCCACAACCCCAGAGGAUAAUUUUACUGCGUAUGGAGAAAUAAGCGAUGUCACAUUUGGUUUGGACAAUGAUAAAUUAAUUUUUGGUGGUUUCACAGACGGGUCCUUGGCUGUUUGGGACUUAUUGGAAGACGUUAAUAACCAUACUUCUAGACCUCCUAGUUACCUGACAGAUGUAGACUUUGGUUCUACGGAGAUGGUAGUUAAAGUCUUAUGCUUCAAACCGUUGAAAUCUAAUGAUUUUCAAGUUAUAACACUUAAUGAAAGUGGAAAAGUUGUUAUCUGGGAAUUGAUCGUUUCCCCCACGGAAAGUUUGGGUCUUAAUCGAAUAUCUUUAGUCAGAAACAACACAAUUCUACUUGGAGUGCAACAUCAAACUGAUACUAAUCUGCAAUGCACCGAUUUGUGCCUUAGUCAAAGUGAUCCGAAUCACUUUUACGUUUCUACCAACUUUGGUGUCAUUCUACAUUCACUAGUGAGCGGAACUCGAACUAAUCCAAGACGAUAUAACACUGGUCUCUCUACGGUUGUUAAUGUUCUGGAAGGAUGCCCCCACAACUCAAAUUAUUUCCUCGCUGGGUGUAAAACAGGCGAAGUAAUUCUACACACAAAACAGUUUGAGAAACCAUUGAUGACUAUCAGUAAUCAAGUCUCUGACGCCGCCAUCAUGAUGAUUCAGUGGUCGAGAAACAGACCUUGCAUAUUUUACACACUUGACCGUGAUGAUAAUAUUAAUAUUUGGGAUCUGAGUGUGAGCGAACUCUUUCCGCAGAUUACGGUGCAUUUGAAGGAAAGGAUAAAGAUGUUGAAAGUAUCACCACUCAAGUCUGAAACGUCUUAUAUGGCUGUGGUUACCGGAGAUGGUAAACUCCAUCUGCAUCUCUUGAAUCAGGAGCACGGAAUGCAAGAAGUCGAAGUGUAUGCAGGCGACCUUCGCAAACUGAAUAACUACGUGCAGAAACUAUGAUUUUGUUUGAUUUGCAAAGUUUAUCAACUUGUUAUACGCGUUUAGAUAUAUUUUUGAAAUAAACUGAGAUGUACGUUUAA